AUGAAACGUUGCAAUUCCGAUACCGGGAGUCGAACCCGGAGAGGCCAAACGGCGACUAAUUAUUCACUCUCGCUCUUCCUUGGUUUUCUGACUCUUUCUUUUGCCUCUGUGCCCCUGUACCGUGUUGUUUGUCAGAAAACUGGCUGGGGUGGUACCCCAAUGACCGACUCCUCCAAGAUCACCCCGGAUAAAUUAGUCCCCGUGGAUACUGAUCGAAAAAUAAGAGUCUCAUUCACAGCAGAGACGUCACGUCUAUUGCCGUGGAAGUUUGUUCCUCAGCAGAGGGAAGUGUAUUUGGUUCCCGGAGAGACAGCGUUAGCAUUCUACAAGGCGAAAAACACAUCAGACAAGGAUAUCACUGGUAUGGCGACUUACAGUGUGACGCCAGACCAUAUUGCACCAUACUUCAACAAGAUCCAAUGUUUCUGUUUCGAGGAGCAGAGGUUGAAUGCUGGGGAGGAGGUGGACAUGCCGCUGUUUUUCUUCAUUGACCCUGAGUACUCACAGGAUCCAUCCAUGAGAAACGUGGAGGAUGUUGUUCUGCACUAUACAUUUUUUAAAGCUACCCACGAUGCAUCCCAUGAGCAAAUUCUAGCCGAAGCUCAAGGAAAAAAGGGUCACGACCAAAACGAAUCCAAUAAAGACUGA